CGGGGAAAUGCGUAAAAAUAUCACACCAAAAAUUUUUGACAGGUUAGGUACCUUAUACCGUUAUUUUCCACGUGAAGUUCAAUCCGUGAAAAUUUCCAUUCAGUGGUGAAUUUAAAAUACCAAUAACUAACUAGGUGCACAAAAAUGUAUCUUGCCAAAAUAUUUUUGAUGUGCGUAUUAAGCGGCGUUGCUGUUGGAAACUUACCAUUCAUCAAUAGUUUGAAGUCUAAAUUAGGAAAAUCUCGCUUAUUUUUGAAUAAGUAUCCAAUGUCAGAGGAGAAAAAUCCAGAUCCGAUAAAUCUCAAUACUAAAGAGGCUCAAACAGUCGAGACGUUAAUACCAUUUACUAUACAUGGAAGAAUAUUUGAACCAGUGGAAGUCCAUAAUAAUGGGAAAUCUGUUGAAGUGAUUCUCGAUCAACCAAUCACCGAUUCUUAUGUUACUGGAGGUGUUCUUGGAACAGAUGUAUACUUUUUCAAAAAAAAGAUAUAUCUUUGGACCAACGAUACGAAAGGAAAUGCUGGCACAACCAUUGAUGGGCAAAGUUACCCUUUUGAUGAUACGGCGAUUUUUUAUAAUAAGAAAUGUAUAACUUACGAAAUUGCACUCGCGCUUAAUCUACCCGAUUGUUUUGUGAAAGUUAUUUUUCUAAUCAACACUAGUCCACUUCCGAAUGUGGUGUUUGAAACGUAUUCACCAGUACUCAGAGAAGUGAUGAAGGCUGGAUCCAAGGCGUAUACUUUUUUAGGCAAUGCCAUCGCGUGGUCUUCUGCGAUUAUUCCUCCAAAUGCUAUUUACUACGUUUAUCCAGGAUCAUUCAAGGAUGACGCCACUGGCCAAGAAAUUGAUAAUGUACCAGUUAUCCUUAUACCCCAUAUACCUAUAGAAAUGAGUAUGAGUGAAAAUCAGUACGCAGAAACAUUAGGAUCAUUCAAGGAUGCCUCAGGACAACCUUUGACAUAUGUGGAGUCACAACAUCCCACCAAUGGGCGUCCAAUUUUGAAAGCGGAAAGAGUUGCAAAUAUUGUAAUUCCAUAACCAGGAAGUAGGUACAUAUGUACGUACUAGACUUGUAUGUGACAUGAAAAAUUGGAAUUAUUUUGAAAAUUAAUCCUGUUGUAAAUAGGUACUUAUCUGCCUACAAAAUGUCAUCAUUUUAAUAAACUAAGAGCAUCUUA